AUGGCUAAAAUAACAGCACGCUAUAUCGUUAAAAGCUUUUCGAAAUGCUGCUUUUUUGAGAAAUGUCGUCACGACAUUUCGAAACAAAAGACACAACAGAAAAACGACAAGGAAAUAAAAAAGCACGGAACGGUGAUCGCCAAGACGGUGAAUCCGCAAACAAUAAAAGAUGCAGAUUUUGAAAUUACGUAUGAACCGAAUGGCAGGCAACUGCACGUUGGUAGCCUUAACCAGGAAAAAUGCAACAAUUACAGCUACUACAUAAAUCAGCAGUGCGAAAUAAUUCACUCUCUCGAAAAAAUCGAUGAUAAAAAUGCUCUCUUGUGUAAAAAUAAAACCAAAUGUGAGUACCUCACAAAUUAUGUGUUCCAAAGUCUGGGCAUAGAAACCGUCCCAGAAGAAGACUUCUCUAAUUUAACUCAGCCACUUAACGAAGAAGUUGAGGAAAAAGAAAAAUGCAACAAAGAAGUGCAGCUAAAUGAAAAAAUCAAAUGCAUGUGUUGCAUCAAAGAUAUGGAAAGCAGCGAAACGGAAAAAAUAAAUGCCGAGUUAAACUCAGGGCAAACAACCCAAAACGCUGUGUACCCCUUCGGUGACUGCAAAUGUAUUCUAAAAUAUGAAGUAGACGAUGAAAACGCCUUAAAUGCCGAUAAAUGUAAAAACUUCAUCUGCAACAGUGGGAUUUGCACACUGCGGAUGGAUGGAGAACCCAUCUGCUCCUGCGAGGAGAACCAUUAUUUCGACAAAAGAGUUAAUGCGUGCAUAAGGCAUCAAGAUGGGGUGAACGGAGGGGAGAGUGAGGCGAGUCAAGCGAGUCAAGCGAGUCAGGCAAGUCAGACGAAUCAGGAAAGUCAGACGAGUCAGGCGGUCAUGGACGAACAUCGUCAUGUAACAUAUGAGAGCGACUCGAACAGAAACGAAAUACACGACGAUCACAAAAAGGGGAACCAUACCCCGAGAGUUAAUGAUAACCAAGAUAACGACAGCGACACACAUUCUCAUCAAGCGCAAGGAAGCCAAAAUAAUCACGAAAAUAGAAACCCAAGCAAUGCGUUCACCGAUGAAUGUCCACUAAAUCACGUAAGAAAUAAACAGGGGGAGUGCCAAAGGAGGGAAAGCAACUCAGCCGAGAAUAUUUGCCUCAGAAUAGAAUGUUUCGUCAAUUCGGACCCACCAGAAUGCGCAUGUGUAGAUAAAAAUGGGCAAAAAAUAGAAAAAGCUAUCUUCGACGUUUCUCACAUAACUAUGUGCACCCUCAACAACAUAAACUGUGACUACGGGACAUGCAAUAACUCGACAAAAAAAGGAGAACUCGCAUGUAUUUGCAACAAGAAGUAUAAAUAUAACAGCUCUUUGAAGGUAUGCAUUGGUUACGCCGCAGCACGUCUUCUCAGUUGGGUUCUCAUCAUCGCGCUGUUCUGCAUAAUCGCAACUGCGCUGUGA